GGGAGUCAGUCGAGCGGCGAGCGAGCGACAUGGCGGCGCGCCUAACUCGCGCGCCGGCCCCGCGGCCCGGGCCGCGCGAGUAGGUCGCCAUGCGCGAUGCGGUAUGAGGCAACGCCGCGCCCGGCGGGCCGGCCCCCGCUAGCGGCGCCGCCCCCGCCAUGCGAGCGCCGCCGCUGCUGCUGCUGCUGAUGGCGGCCGCGGGCCUGGCCGUGAGUCCGCUCGCGCGCCUCAACCCCUGGCUGAGCGCGUGCGACCUGGAAGAGGAGGGCGCGGGCGGCUUGCGCGAGUGCGGGGGCGCGGCGUGCGGCGGCAGCGGCGGCGCGGCCGAGGUGCUCUCCGAGCACGACGUGCCGUACCUGUGCGCGCUGGACACCGAAGAACGCGCUCGACGUCUCACCAACCUGCGGCUGCGCGCCUGCUGCGAACGCUCGCCCGCCUCCGUACUGCACCCGGCCGCGCGUACCGACAUGCUCGCCGGCGGGGAGCCCUGCGAGCGCACACUGCACGAUAUCCUCGGUCUUGACGCCAUGGUCUCUCGCGUGCACUGCGACUUCGUCGACAUCCUUAGUCGCUACGACUGCGACCAGUCCUACUCCAUACACACGUGUAAUGAGUGCCAGGAAACGUAUAGACGUUGGGCAUGCAGUAUGAUGGUUCCACUGUGGGUGGUGGACGGUGCGGAAGAGGGCGGCGAGGAGGAGGGGCGGUCGCGGCGUGCGCCCGCCGAGCACGCGGCGCGCUGGCACGCGCGGCACCUGGAGCGCGUGGGGCACCUGGACCGGCGGCGCGGCGGCAGCGCCGGCGGCGUGGUGGGCCGCUGGGUGCGCGCCGCCGCCGCCGGCCCCGGCCGGCCUCCCCUCCGGCUCAAGCCAUGCCUUUCUGUCUGCCAGCUCGUCGAGCAACACUGCCCCUACUUCCUACCGGCGGAUCGCGCGCCUGCCUACCCCACACAGUACGCCGGCGAACCCACAUUCCUAUGCCUUGAUCCAAGAAUACCCGAAACCGGUGAUCAGGCAAACAAGUCCAACUACGGGACGCAGGAUUGUUGCUACUGGUACUGCGACUCAGGCCUGUGCCACAAGUGCGAGCCGGGGCUGAGCGAGGUGCCGCUGCGCGAGCCGGAGCGGUGCUCGCCCGUGGAGGAGCGCGUGCCGUCGUGCUCGGUGCCGUACCAGGCGCCCGCCUCGGCGGCGGGGGUGGGCGCGCGAGGCGGCGUGCCCUCGGCGCCGGCGCUGCUGGCGGCCGUGUUGCUGCUCGCGUUAGCAAACUCCUUACGGACCCACUGGACCGCGUCCACCGCCCUAGUGAAUGUGCGCGAUUCGAGGUUAUAGUUUUACGUUAACGUGUGACGCACCUUUACGUCCCGCGAUCGCCGGACCGCGAUCGGAACUUCUAUUAGUGCUGUACAAGUACUUAUGAUAAAUUACUUGCGAUUACGAGUUCGAUGAUGAAUGUGAGUCGCGGCGCCGGUGGUUCGCGCCGCCGCUACCGCGAGCUCCUCUCCGAUAUAGACUGUAAGUUAAUAUUCCUGUCAGAUCGUGCGGUACACCCCAACGCCCAAAUAUAGAAACACCAAAAUAUGUUCACAAAUCUUAUGUUACAUUAUAAGUGCUGUUGCCGACGUUCCGGCCAGUUGUUGUUUGUCACUACUCACUACAUGCAAACAAACAAAACUUACUUUUGGUUUUACCAAAAUAAUGUAUAUUUUGUGCACGUUAUGUUAAUUAUGUAAUGACCAAUUAUCGUAUUAUUUCACAAAGCUAACAGUGAAAACAAUAAUCGAUCAAUUAAUUUUAAUGGGAUAUCAAACAGUGUACGAGUUUAUAGGUUCAUACGAGGAGAACUAUAUUAGGGAACAUGUGGUGGUACUUUUUAUACUGACUACAUUAUUGUGUAGAUGCCAACACGUAAAACAGACAAAUGUUAAUGUAUCUAAAUCAUGACAGCACUAAAUAUAUUUUAUUAUAAUCAACCCCUCGCCCCACAAUUGCGAGUAAAAGAAAAGACUUCAUAUCUAUUGCUGGCCGCAAUGUGCAGAGUGGCGUUUGGAGAAUCCAUGUUUCCAGUGAAAUGUGCACUGUGAAAGCAUCUAAGUAAAUAUGUCAACAAAAACGACACCUUCAUUCAAAAUAUUUCAAUGAGAAAGCCAGUAUAGAGCUAAAGUCUUGUUCUUUAAAUGAUAGAGACAAUAGAUAAAUAUUGGAUUGUUUUUUUAGAUAUUUAUUUUUGUAAUGUUGCAUUAAUACGACAUUGACGGCCACAUUAGGACGAGACCAGCGCAGCGCCACAUACGAACAACCAUUCAAUUUGAGUAUGUUUAUUAAUCAUACAGCUCUAUUUACAUUUAGGUUAAUAAAUGUUCAAAACAAUUGUACUGGUAUCUUUUGUAUUACGAAUAAUUAAAUCGGUUUGUUUUUAUAAAGAAAGUCAGUUAAAGAGGGCGAGUGUUUUAGCCGUGUUACCUUUGUUUUUAUGUUCCAAGUGUUCAAAACACUUUCAAUGUCUUGAAGUUUUCGCAAUGUCUGCGUAGUGGCAUUUUGAUGGUCAAUUGAAUAAUUGGCAAUAAUGUGAUAAGCAAACUCCAUCCAUCCGUUCGAGAAUGUGUGUGGCGAGUGUUGGCGGGUGCGUGCGUGCCGCUGCGGCUGGUCGCGAGGGCGCGCGGCGCCCGGCGUGCGGCUCGCG